UUUGUAUUUACGUGUGCACGUACCUACUGUCAACUGUGAACUGUCAGCUGGCAACAGCUUGGUACGAGUAGGCCGGAACAAGAUAGUUAGGAAGGGUGGGAAGUGUCAAAUCCAAGGAUGAAAAUUUGACACAGGCGAGAAAAUUGAUGUUCACGCCGGUACAACCAUUCAACUAACAAGAUAUGAUUUACUUUGAUUGACCUCUCUAAUAAACGUUUUAACGUGGUUAAGGAUUAUGAAUACGAUGGAGUUAAUCAAAAUUCCGAAGGUGGAAAAUGUGCGGAUGCUUGACAAGUACAGCAACAAUCAUUCCUUGGGAACGCUUUACCCAACUGCAACGCAUUUGAUAUUUGUCGACCCAAAUGGGAAAAAACAAAUAUGGGUUUUAUACAUGCAUAUUACCAGUGUAGAUAAGCAGCCGCUGUCAACCACAGGAUCCCCUCUUCAAAUAAAGUGCAAAAACUUUUUGACCGUUACUUUUGUAAUACCGAAGGAACGCGAGUGUCAUGAUAUAUAUCUUACACUAUUAAAAUUGUCAUCACCAGCAAGAUUAGAAGAUCUGUAUUGCUUCAGUUAUCAAGCAAGUAAGGAUGAAUUGCCACAACAUGCCGGCUGGAAUUUUUUUGAUAUUCAGAGUGAAUUUCAAAGAUUAGGUGUUCCAAAUGACGAAUGGUCUUUAUCCUAUCUCAACACAAACUACGAGCUGUGCGAUACGUAUCCAAAGUAUCUUUACGUACCUAGUACAUCAACGAAUAAUGUAUUGUCUGGCAGUGCAAAGUUCAGAAGUAAAGGCCGCUUACCAGUUUUAACAUAUCUUCAUUCUAAUAAGGCUGCGAUAUGUAGAUGCAGUCAGCCGUUAUCUGGUUUCAAUGCACGAUGCCCUGAAGAUGAGCAAAUGUUAUACAACAUACUUUGUACUAAUCCCAAUUCCAAAUACAUGUAUGUGGUUGACACACGACCACGGAUUAACGCAAUGGCAAAUAGAGCCGCAGGCAAAGGCUAUGAAAACGAAAGCUUUUACGAAAAUAUCAAAUUUCAUUUUUUUGGUAUUGAAAAUAUUCAUGUAAUGCGAGCAAGCUUGAAUAAACUAACAGAGUUGCAUAAAAUGACAACAGUGAGCAGUUUUCUGAACGGAUUAGAAAGUAGUGGCUGGUUAAAGCACAUACGUUCCAUGCUGGAGACUGGCUGGUUCAUAGCACGUGCCAUUUCAAACGGAGUUAGUGUUGUAGUUCACUGUAGUGAUGGCUGGGAUCGAACAGCGCAAGUCUGUUCUCUAGCGGCAUUGAUGCUGGAUCCAUUUCACAGAACAAUACAAGGAUUUCAGGCAUUAAUAGAGAAAGACUGGCUAUCGUUUGGUCACAAGUUCAGCAAUCGAUGUGGUCACAUUAGCAGUGAUGGUAAAGAAAUAGCACCAAUAUUCACUCAGUUUAUUGACGCAACAUACCAGCUUUUGAACCAGCAUCCGUAUGCCUUCCAAUUUAACGAAUAUUUCCUGUUGACUCUUCACGAUCACAUUCAUAGUUGUCAAUAUGGAACAUUCGUUGGUAACUGUGAAAAGGAUAGGCAAACACUAAGACUCAGUAACAGAACUUAUUCUUUGUGGGGGCACAUGGCAAAUCAUAUGAACGAAUAUAUCAAUCCGUUGUACUGCUGUAACGGCUAUAAAGAAGAGAGCAACAAUGUUCUGUGGCCUAAGUUGGCGCCACAAAGUAUUUUGUUCUGGAAGGGUUUAUACUGUAGAUUCGAAAAUGGCAUACACUGUAGAGAGACGUAUGAAGAUUUACUUCUAACUAUUCAUGACCACACUAUUGCUUUGGAGGAUCAUGUAAAACUUUUGUAUAAGAGAGUCAAUUUAAUAGGCAAACUAUUAACAUCAAAUGAUGCUCAAAAAAAGGAACGGCAAACACAUUACGAACAUCUGGAUAAUAAAUUCAGCAAAGAAUCUCUGUCGGAGAAGAUAAUAGGAAAUUCUGCUAACGUUCAAGAAUUAAGUAAUAGAACAGAUAUAAGCACAAGCCAAUUAGAGAAAGAAUUGAAAUCCGUUGCUCUGGAUUGGAAAUCUUCUCGUAACAUUGAAGAAUGCGUUUGCUCUACUACGUUUGACACUUUCAACAAAAAGUACCAUUGCUGGUCUUGUGGCAACAUAUUUUGCACAAGGUGCAUGGGAAGACACGGGACAUUAGCUGGUCAAUUAUCACAGCGUGCAGUACCAGUUUGCAAGUCAUGUUCCCAGAAUCCAUCAAGUUCAUCACCAUGUAAUUCUUAGUGUUACUAUUCAACACCGGACCUGACUGCGCACAUUAGUGAAAAUGUAGACACAAUCUAUGGAUUUCCAUUUUGUAUCUAAUUUAUACAGGGAAAUAUCAUUUAUUAUAAUGUGACUAUAAUUAUAUGAGUUCCAUAACUGAUAAGCAUAUGACGUAUCAACUCGAAAUACACUUAUUACAGCACGACAUACAAGUAUCCUGAUUAAAUGGAUAAACCAAAUUCAUUUAAUUUUUAUACGAUUUUUCUUCAACCCAUUCCGGUCCUCAUAUAAUGUGGGAAGAUAAAUUAUGCAACACUAUUUGAAAUUAUACCUACGUAAUCCAAUAUACUAUGGAGAAAUAGGUACAAUAAUUGAAAUACAUUUGUAAAUCGAAUACUUUCUGUUCUUAAUUAAGAGUACACUCAAGGAAAUUUUUUUUCCUUAAUGACAGAACGUGCAAUCACGCGUGACUGUACUUCAAAGAUUGAAUCUCAGUUUUUGUAACUUGAUUGAAGGUGAAAUCUUACAUCAGCUACUUUCGUUAUCAUUCUGUUUGUUACAAAACAGUACUUAGUGAGUGCCAAAAAUAAUCGUAAAGUCAAAUAGAAAUUACAAGUGUAUGCAAUGACAGCCAUGGCUAUUUCACGCCAAGUGGUUGAAUCUUCCCAUCAAAUUGUUCAACGCAUUACUUUUUGAAAGUUAGCUAACGUUAUUUCACGCGAAACAUUUUUACCUGAGAAACCAUUUUUGUAGAGGAUUGAAAAAAACAUCAACGGCUUACAUUAAUCAGUCUGCAAAAUUCACUCGCAUGUAUAUGUGAUAAGAAAAAUCGGCUGGUGCUCACCCUGAAAUUACCAUUUCAUAGUGUUUACAUUUACGAAGCUAUUACCGUUUAUUAACAAAAAUGAAUUACACAAUACUCAUGAGGGAUUCUACAUUGAUGUUGUACUAUGAAAACUGUUUUUGGAUAAUAAAAAUAUAAAACAUUUUACAGCAGGCUGGAUGCUUAUUAAUUUUCCAAUAGCGUAGAUUUAGAGUUAUGAAAAUUGAAAUUCUCAAGUUUCAAUGAGGCAUCUGAUGAAUGACUUUUACACGAAAGUAGAAUCACUUCUUGAAAUGAGCUAUUAGGUCUCAAUUCCUAGUACAAAAUUCCAAUAUGAAAGAAUUCUGUUUAUAUAAUAAUUACAAGAGGCACAGCAUUGUAAUAUAAAAUUAUCCAAAAACAGUUUAAAUUGUUUUUGCUUUGGCUAAUUCAUAUAUGUACAUACGUACAUAUUUCCUAUACUAUGAAGUAAAAAGUAGGUAUAUCCAUUACAUGAGGCUGAAUAAAUAAAUAUUGUAUUAUAGAUUAAGGUUUUUGAAACUAAAUAAUGUGUUGCGCAAUAAAUUAAACUGACUUUCGUGCUAUGCAUAAACAUAUACACAAUAUAUUUACGUCCAUUGGUUUCAGUUUUGUUCCACCUAGAGUUGACAUUUAUAAUAAGGACAACAUGCACAAAGAGACUUAGUAUGUACCAGAUCAGUACUUGUGUGUAUUUGUAUCCAUUUUGAUCAAUUCGUAGUCAAACGUAUUACAGCUUUCAGUACAAGAUCAGUAUUAAAAAUACAUAGGUUCGAUAUAACUUUGUCAAAAUUAACUCCUUACAUUGAGGGUUACUACAAUAUUCUCAAUUUCGAGAUCAUUAACAUCAUUUUUACUCGUAAGGAAUGCCAUUGCUUGUUUCACUACAUACGUAAUACUGAUCAUAUGGUCAAAAUAAUUUUUAGUAAGCAACGUCGACCUCGUCUUCUCACCAAUUACUUGUGUCCUCAUUAUAACACGAAAUUUGGAGACAAAGAUAAUAAAGAUGUAAUAGAAAUUGAUUUCAUUUCAUAAUGAUGGGUGAAGAAAGGUGUAUUGAGAAUUUCACCUCAAAGAUUUACACGCUGCCAAUUAUCACCUAAAUUUCCCAAAAGUUUCAUAAGCUCAUACACGUGAGAUUUAUUGAACUGUAUAAUCCACAUAAAGAUUAGACAGGUGGUAAACCCACAAAAGAUGAUUUUUUCAA